GUGAUGAUCACAGCUAGGUUCAGUACAGUAUAUUUGGAAGAAAGAGGAGUUAUUGUUGAGAGAUUUCUCGAAGGGUUUUAGGCGUUUUCGAUUGCCGAGGUGAGGUAAUCGAAUUAACAAAAUGCCACCGAAAAAGGCGCCGGCGCCGAGUAAAAAAGCGGAGCAGAAAAAGAAAGAGAAGGUUAUCGAGGACAAAACGUUUGGUAUAAAAAAUAAGAAGGGUGCCAAGCAACAGAAAUUUAUUCAGCAAGUCGAGAAGCAAGUGAAAACAGGUGGCGUAAAUCCUCGCAAACUCGAAGAUCCAAAUACCAAGAAAUUGGAGAAGGAGAAGAAGCUCAAGGAACAGAAAGAAUUAGCUCUCAUUUUCAAGCCUGUUCAAGCGCAGAAGAUAGAUAAAGGCACAGACCCAAAAUCUGUUGUAUGUGCAUUUUUUAAACAGGGACAAUGUACAAAAGGAGAUAAAUGUAAAUUCUCACAUGAUUUGAGCAUUGAGCGAAAAGCUGAGAAACGAUCCUUAUAUUGUGAUAUGAGAGAUGAUGAUGAUAAGGAGAUGGAUACAAUGGAUAAAUGGGACGAGGAUAAGCUGAAAGAGGUUGUGGAAAAGAAACACGGUAGUGGCAAUCGUCCAACUACUGAUAUUAUAUGCAAGCACUUCUUGGAAGCAGUAGAGAAGUCAAAAUAUGGUUGGUUCUGGGAAUGUCCAUCUGGCCAAAAGUGCAUCUACAGGCACGCAUUACCUCCUGGAUUUGUCCUGAAAAAAGAUAAGAAGAAAGAGGACAAGAAGGAUGAAAUUUCCUUGGAGGAUCUAAUAGAAACAGAAAGAGCCAAUUUAGGACCUAAUCAGACCAAGAUAACACUAGAGACAUUUUUGGCUUGGAAGAAAAGAAAGUUGAAAGAGAAACAGGAACAGGCAAUCAAGGAUGAAGAGAAGAAGAGAAGCGAUUAUAAAGCAGGUCGCCAAGUCGGUAUAUCAGGAAGAGAAAUGUUUUACUUUAAUCCGGAACUUGCAGCAGGAGAUGGUAUUGAUGAAGGAGAUGAAGCAAUAUCUAGUUAUGCUCGCGAAGAAGACGACUCUGAAGAUGUAGAGUACAGGGAACUCGAUGACCGCCUGGCUUUUGAAGCUAGCGAAAUCGAUACCAACGGUAUCACGGUGGCAACUGUAGACCGGUUAAAGGCCAGCAAUGUCACUGAUAACAAUAAAGAUACUACAGUGACUGUGGAUGAGGGUGCGGUUGCGGUAGCUAUCAACGAAAAUCUUUUCGUGGAAGAAGACUUAGAGGGUUUGGAAGAAGAAUUGGGGGACCUGGACUUGGAGGAGUAAGCCAGAUGUCCCGAUCGUGUCUGUCUCCUCACCACAUCCCUUUUCGUUGUGUUUUAUCCUUUAAAUGCGUAUCACUCGGAUAACCAUUAAUUUCAAGUGUGAUGCAUUAUAUAUUGUACAUAUUGGAUCGUAUCUACUACAAACACUGUAUCUGUGUAUUCGAACAUGUAUACAAAAAGCUGACGUUGUGCAAACAAGUGAUACAUCAGACUUCAACAUCAUCUCACUAAUUAAAUCAAGUUUGUCUUUUUAUAAUAUUAAGUUUAUCUGAUGAUUACCUAUGAAUAUCAAGAUACUUAGUGUUAUACACAUUAAAUAAUGUACAUUAUUUUUGUAAUAUUGACAUAUGAUGGCAUUUACGUCCGAUACACAAUGUUAUAUGAAAA